UUAGUUACUGGAGUGUUUCACCUGCUAAAGUUAGAACAGUUGUCUUCAUGCAAGUUAAUUUGUGUGUCAUUAAAUAGCAUCUAACAUCUUAAUUAAUUUUAAGCCUACACUAACCUCUCUCUCCCAUUUUGAUGAUAAGACAUCUAAAACCUAACAUGGAGUCUAGUCCCCAUCGCUCUCAUCAUUGUUUCGACAUCCUUGAAGGAAUGCCACCACAGGACGAUCAUUUCAACUCAUCAUCUCUACAAAACCCUAGCUUCCAUGUCCACUUGCAGUCCCUAUCAUCAAACUUGCCGACCCGCAGCAACAACAACCGCUAUCACUUAAACCCAAAUGGAGAGACCUUUUGCCACAGAGAGAGUUUUGAUCCAGAAGAAAGAAGGGAAAGAAGAAUGGUAUCUAACCGAGAAUCUGCAAGAAGGUCUCGUAUGCGGAAGAAGAAGCAGAUAGAAGAGCUGCAGCAACAAGUGGAGCAGCUCAUGAUUUUGAAUCAUAACUUGUCUGAGAAAGUCAUUAAUUUGUUGGAAAGUAACCACCAGAUCUUACAGGAGAACUCACAGUUGAAGGAGAAAGUCAAUUCAUUUCACUUGCUCAUGGCGGAAAUGCUAAUACCUAUGAGAAAUGUAGACGGCAGCAUCAGUGACCGCGAGGUGAAUCAUCUCAGAGGAGAGACUUCGAACAGGACCAACACUUUCUUUGGUAAGUAA